UUUACUUGGGCAGUGGUACACUGGACAUAUUCUACGGAACUGUGCAAAUACCCGCACUAACUAUUUUACUACAUCUGAUAUUCAACAAACCAUUUCCGAUGACUUCAACCUCGGAGAAUAACGGCCAGGCCUGGGACGUCGAGUCCAAAGAGGCCAAACGCCUACUGGCAGAAGAUAAAUUUGACGACUGUUUAGCGUGCAGAGCCACCGGCUCCGCCGCGUUUAUUGGUCUCGGCGUGUAUAGCUACUAUACGGGCAUGAGCAAUCUGCAGAAGCAGGAGCGCGCAGUCAUGCAGAGCGCCACAAAAUACAAAAUGGGCUCGCGGAGGUUAGGUAUUGCGACUAUCUCCGCGACACUGGUGGGAAUGGGAAUUUACAGGGCAUUUAAUUGAGAUGUGUAUGUGUGUAUGUAUAGUAGCCUUAAUAUAAAAUACUCCGCUUCGAAGUUUA